CCGAGAGAGAUAAACAUGUGUGGAUGGUUAGCACAGUUUAGGAGGUACAGCAAAGCUUACCUGCACGUAUUUGCCGCACGGGGAAUGGGCCUUCAGCGGACAAUUCUCAACGAGCAGCAGGAUCGCCCGUCAUCGCACUAGACAUCUUCUUGCUUCUUCCUCUUUCUCGAUAGCUCAGAGCUGGCUUCCACCAAUUCUUCUUGCUUCAGUCGAACUUUCCUUUGAUCUCUCUCCUCGAAGUUUGAGAAUUUUGUCUGGCCUCUCGAGGAUGAGCAACGGGGCCCCCUGCGGUGCUUGCAAGUUCCUGCGAAGGAAGUGCGUCAACAAUUGCAUCUUUGCACCACACUUCAACUCGGAGCAGGGCGCUGCACGCUUCGCAGCGGUGCACAAAAUCUUUGGAGCCAGCAACGUGACCAAGCUGCUGCAUCAUAUCCCCGUAGCCAAGCGGAGCGAUGCGGUGUUGACGAUCUCCUAUGAAGCACAGGCCCGUCUUUCUGAUCCUGUCUAUGGCUGUGUCGCCACAAUUGUUGCUCUCCAGCACCAGGUGGCCAGCUUACAAGGCGAGCUCAUGAACGUACAGAUGCAGCUCUCGAAGUGCGUGGCAUCGUUGCAACAGCAGCAGCAGCAGCAGCAGCAAAAUCCCUCUGCGGUUUACGAGCAAGUCGUGUUCCCUGUUCCCAUGUCGGCCACUUCCGCUCUUGGAGGAGAAAUCCAGAGCUCUACAGGAACUUACAUUCCUCACCACUACCGAGGAACCUGCAAGGAGGACUUUUGUGGCACCUCCUCCCCACCGCCCCUUGUUUCUGUAUCGACAGGAGGGAGCCAGGGAAAUAACAGCAAUAACAAUCACGCACCGAUUGUCCUCAAGGGAUCAAGCACCAGGAGCUUGGACGUCGAUGACGAGGAAGAAAACCAUCAGCAGCAGCAGCAGCAGCAACAGCAUUUGCAACAGUUCUGGCCCGGAACAACUCCAACAGCCAUCGCCUGAAGACCAUCUAACGAAGUGAUGCAAAGUUGGAAAAAAAAAAUUGUUAAAAAAGAUCGAUAUACUAUAUGACAUACCACUGUACGACUAAGACACAACAGAGAGAAGCAUAUAAACGACACGCAAGUCACUUGAGUUUGA